CAGGUGGAUCUAUUGCAUGCUGUGUUGUCUGAAAAAGAAUAUAAAGUGAUUUUGGAUUGUACAUACAUGAAUUUAUCUGAAGAGCCAACGCUUCCUCCUAGCUUUCGUGGUGGAAAUUCCAUUUCAAAGGAUACUAUUAGGCUUCUGGUUGAUAAGGUUAACAUGAACAGUCAACUUUUACUAUCACAGACGGUUACAGUUGUUGCUGUUGUGGUCAAUCACGCUUUACUAGAGCUGUGUUAUGGCACUGACGAGGAAUCCCCAUUGGCUCAUAUUGCUCUGGAAGGUCUUUGGGCUUCAUAUCGCAUGACUUCGUUAUCUGAAAAAGACCUCUAUGUGACAAUUCCCAAAUUUUCCAUUCUCGAUGUCCGGCCUCACACAAAGCCUGAAAUGCGUCUAAUGCUUGGAUCAUCUUUUGAUGCUUCCAAACAAAUAGUUCCUGGAAAAAUUCCUUUUUCCUUCAAUAAAAGUAGUUCUUGGAGGAUGAGCGAUGAAGCGGGAACUGACAUUGAUUUGCCUAUUUUGACAAUGUUCUUGAUGGAUUACAGAUGGCGUGUGUCAUCUCAGUCAUUUGUAAUACGUGUGCAACAACCUCGGGUUCUUGUUGUGCCUGAUUUUCUCCUUGCUGUGGCUGAAUUUUUUGUGCCUUCUUUGGGGGCAUUAACUGGAAGAGAGGAAUGCAUGGAUCCGAAGAAUGAUCCCAUUCGCAAAAACAAUAGGAUAGUUUUGAUGGAACCUGUUUACAAGCAGACAGAAGAUGUAGUACACCUCUCUCCAUCUAAACAGUUAGUGGCAGAUUGCAUUGGCAUUGAUGAAUUUAUAUAUGAUGGUUGUGGAAAGUGUAUCUGUUUGAGUGUUGAAAAAGACGCAAAGGAAUUGCGGAGUACAAAUUUUCGACCAAUUAUUUUCAUUGGACGUGGAAAGAGACUGCGGUUUGUCAAUGUAAAAAUUGAGAAUGGUUCUCUUUUAAGGAAGUAUACAUACCUGAGUAAUGAUAGCAGCUACUCCGUGUCUGUUGAUGAUCGUGUCAAUAUAGUGUUCCUGAAUAAUUCCUUAUCCGGUGACAAGAGCAUAGACCAAGAUCUUCAAUCAGCAGAGAGCUUGAAUUCUACAUAUUCUCAAUGCGACUCAAAUGAAAUUCAGAGUUUCACCUUUGAAACCCAGGUUAUAUCUCCGGAGUUCACCUUCUAUGAUGGUACUAAAUCUUUUCUGGAUGAUUCAUCAUAUGGUGAGAAGCUUAUUCGUGCGAAGUUGGACUUGAGCUUCAUCUAUGCCUCCAAAGAAAAAGACACUUGGAUAAGAGCUCUGGUGAAGGAUUUUACUGUUGAGGCUGGUUCUGGUCUUAUCAUUCUGGAUCCAGUGGAUAUUUCAGGGGGAUACACUUCUGCAAAGGACAAAACAAAUAUUUCAUUAAUAUCAACUGACAUAUGUCUCCAUCUUUCACUUAGUGCAAUUUCUCUUAUACUCAAUCUGCAGAGUCAGGCAUCUGCAGCGCUUAACUAUGGAAAUGCAACUCCCUUGGUUCCAUGUACCAACUUUGAUCGAAUUUGGGUUUCUCAAAAAGGAAACAAUAUUACAUUUUGGAGGCCUCAAGCUCCAACAAAUUAUGUUGUAUUAGGUGAUUGUGUGACAUCAAGGCCAAUACCCCCUUCACAGGCAGUAAUGGCAGUGAGCAACACAUAUGGAAGAGUAAGAAAGCCAGUUCGUUUUCUUCUUAUUGGUUCAUUCACAAAUAAUCAAGGCCUUGGAGAUGAGGGUUACACUGAUGCUAGCAGUGAUUGCUCUCUGUGGAUGCCUGUUGCACCCCCAGGAUACACAGCCCUUGGUUGUGUAGCACAUUUAGGGAAUCAACCGCCACCAAAUCAUGUUGUUUACUGCCUGCGUUCUGAUCUUGUAACAUCAACUUUGUAUUCGGAUUGCUUAUUUAUUUCUCCUGCCCAUGUUGCCUCUCAUUUUAGCAUCUGGCGUCUUGAUAAUGUUAUUGGGUCCUUCUUUGCCCAUUCUUCAACUAGAUGUCCUCCUGAAGAUAGAUGUUAUGACCUAAGUCAUCUGCUUCUCUGGAGCUCAAAUCGGGCUCAGCCUUCUCCAUUAGAUGCAGUUUCAGAUUUCAGUUCUUGUGAUAGGGAAAAUCAGCAAGCAAUUCAAGGUGCAAAUACAUCUGGAUGGGAUAUUUUGAGGUCCAUGUCAAAAGCUACCAAUUAUAUGUCUUCACCUAACUUUGAGAGAAUUUGGUGGGACAAAGGUAGUGAGUUUCGUCGUUCGGUCUCGAUAUGGCGACCUGUUGCACGUCUUGGUUAUGCUGUCUUGGGUGAUUGCAUCACUGAAGGGCUUGAACCUCCUGCUCUGGGAAUAAUUUUCAAAAAUGACAAUCCUGAUGUCUCUGCCAAACCUGUUCAGUUUACUAAAGUUGCGCAUAUCGUGGGGAAAGGAAUCGAGGAAAUUUUCUUCUGGUACCCUAUAGCUCCUCCUGGUUAUGUUUCUCUCGGAUGUGUUGUCUCCAAGACAGAUGAACCGCCAUGUGCUGAUCUGUUUUGCUGCCCAAGGAUGGAUCUUGUUAGCCAAGCAAACAUCCAUGAGGUUCCACUCUCAAGAUCUUCAAGUUCAAGGGCACCCCAUUGCUGGAGCAUUUGGAAAGUAGAAAACCAGGCUUGCACCUUCUUGGCUCGAUCUGAUCUCAAAAAGCCGUCAAGCCGAUUAGCCUACAUAAUUGGUGACCCAAUUAAGCCCAAGACGCAAGAAAACAUAACUGCUGAUGUGAGGCUAAGAUUCUUGUCUCUGACAAUUUUGGACAGCAUAUAUGGAAUGGCAAUGACACCGCUGUUUGACACAACCAUUACGAACUUAAAGCUUGCAACACAAGGUCGCCUAGAAUCCAUGAAUGCAGUACUGAUUUCUUCGAUUGCUGCAUCAACCUUCAAUGCACAAUUAGAGGCAUGGGAGCCACUUGUGGAGCCAUUUGAUGGAAUAUUCAAGUUUGAAACUUAUCAUUCAAACGUAAACUUGCCAUCUGGACUUGCAAAGAGAAUUCGCAUUGCUGCUACCAAUAUUCUGAAUGUGAAUAUUAGUGCAGCAAAUCUUGAGUCCUUUGUGGGAUGCAUUCUCUCAUGGAGAAGACAGUUAGAGCUUGAACAGAAAGCAUCUAAGCUAAAAGAGGAGGCUGGUAAUCUGCAAAGAAAUGGGGGUGAUGCAACUUUUUCUGCACUGGAUGAGGAUGAUUUACAGACGGUUGUAGUAGAGAAUAAACUUGGGUGUGAUAUCUAUGUGAAAAAAGUUGAGCAAGAUGUAGAUAUGGUCGACAAACUACAUCAUGGUGAUUGUGCUUCUGUGUGGAUUCCACCUCCAAGGUUUUCAGAUAGGUUAAAUGUUUCAGAUGAAUCAAGAGAGGCACGUUGUUAUAUUGCUGUUAAGAUACUUGAGGCCAAGGGUUUACUUCUCAUUGAUGAUGGAAACAGCCAUAACUUCUUCUGUGCUUUGCGCCUUGUCGUGGAUACCCAGGCAACUGAACAGCAAAAGUUGUUUCCCCAGAGUGCUAGAACUAAAUGUGUGAAACCUACAGUUUCGGGAAUUAAAGAUCAGGUUGAAGGCACAGUAAAGUGGAAUGAGCUCUUUAUAUUCGAAGUUCCUCGAAAGGCCCCUGCUAAGAUGGAAAUAGAGGUCACAAAUCUGGCUGCUAAAGCUGGAAAAGGUGAAGUUGUGAGUUCCCUGUCUUUUCCUGUCGGACAUGAUACAAAUAUGUUAAGGAAGGCCGCUUCUAUGAAAAUGGUUCAUCAUCCGUAUGAUGCUCAGAAUAUAACAUCAUAUCCGCUCAGGAGAAUGGUUCAACAAAACAAUGUUGAAGACUUCCAGAAUGGAAGCCUCUUUGUCUCAACAUCUUCUGUUGAAAGAAAUACAAUUGCAAAUCUUCAAAAAGAUGCAAUAAGUGAGAACGAUGCUGAUAGAGACACAGGAUUUUGGGUAGGGCUUGGCCCUGAGGGUGAAUGGAAAAGUGUACGGUCAUUGCUUCCACUUUCUGUGGUUCCUAAAUCCUUAGAAAAUGAAUUCUUUGCCAUGGAAGUCGUCAUGAAAAAUGGCAAGAAACAUGCUAUAUUCCGCAGUCUUGUUACAGUAGUGAAUGAUUCGGAUGUUGCAUUGAACAUAUCUACAUGCCACUCAUCUUUGAGUCUUGGAACUGAUUACUCACGUGGUGUUAGCAGUAAUAUUAGUGCUGUUGAAGAGGUCUUUCAGAAUCAGUAUUAUCACCCUACGUCUGGUUGGGGUAACAAAUGGCCAACUCACCUUGGAAAUGUUGGCCUCUGGAGUACAAGAGACUUCUCUCACACAUCAAAGGACUUCUUUGAACCACCACUCCCUCCAGGGUGGAAAUGGAUGUCAGGGUGGACCAUUGAUAAAAGUCCAUUUGUUGAUAAUGAUGGCUGGACAUAUGGGUCUGACCUUGUAUCCUUAAAGUGGCCUCCCACUUCCAAAUUUUCAGCAAGAACAGCCUCUGAUGUUAUGCGUAGAAGGCGAUGGGUUCGUUCGAGAAAAAAUCUCUCUGCACAAGGAGUAGAGUCCAUGCAGAGUGAAGCCACUAUUGUGAAUCCUGGUGCUGCUUCUGUUUUGUGUUGGCAAAGCACAACCAAAGGCUCUGAUGAAUGUUUACAAGUUCGACCUAGAUUAGAUGAUCCUCAGUUUUUAUAUUCAUGGGGCCAUACAGUAGCUGUUGCUUCAAGUUCUAUGUUUGGCAAAGACCAGCUCCUACUAAAUGAAAGUUCUAAACAGAAUUCUUUGAUGCCCAACUGCUCCUUGAAACUAAAUCAGCUUGAAAAAAAGGAUGUACUUUUGUGCUGUUCUCCUAGUGGUGGAAAUAAGUUGUUUUGGCUUAGCGUAGGAACAGAUGCCUCAGUUCUUAAUACCGAACUAAAUGCACCAAUAUAUGACUGGAAAAUAUCCGUCAAUUCUCCUAUGAAGUUGGAAAACCGGCUUCCCUGUCCUGCUGAGUUUAAAGUAUGGGAAAAACCAAAGGAGGGAAAAUUCAUUGAGCGGCAUCACAGUGUCAUAUCCUCUCGCCAAAGUGCACAUAUCUAUUCAGCAGAUAUCCAGAGACCCUUGUAUCUUACUCUGUCUGUGCAGGGAGGUUGGCUUAUGGAAAAGGACCCUGUUCUUGUACUGGAUCCUUCUUUUACCAACCACGUCGCAUCGUUCUGGAUGAUUCACCAGCAAAGUAGAAGGAAAUUGCGUGUGAGCAUUGAAUACGAUAUGGGUGCGACAAGUGUUGCCCCAAAGACUUUAAGGCUUUUUGUUCCCUAUUGGAUUGUCAAUGAGUCAUCUUUGGCUUUGGCAUAUCGUGUGGUGGAAGUAGAACCUUUGGAAAAUACAGACAUGGAUUCUGUUUUACUCUCUAGGGCAGUGAAGUCUGCCAAAACAGCCUUGAAAAAUCCUUUAAGUUCAAUGGAUAAAAGGCACUCUAUUUCAAGGAGAAACCUUCAGGUACUUGAAGAUAUUGAAGACAGCAGCCCAUUUCCUAGCAUGCUUUCACCGCAAGAUGAUGCUGUUCGAAGUGGACUUACAGUCUUUCAAUCUCAAAAAGAUACUAGCCUGUCACCUCGGGUGGGCAUUGCAGUUGCCAUGAACCAGUCUGAAGUGUAUAGCCCUGGGAUUUCUCUCCUUGAGCUGGAAAACAAGGAGCGUAUUGAUGUCAAGGCUUUCGAUUCAGAUGGAUCUUACUGCAAACUUUCAGCAUUAUUGAACAUGACUUCUGACAGAACAAAGGUGGUUCAUUUCCAGCCACACACGCUGUUUAUUAAUAGGGCUGGAUGUAGUCUAUGCCUGCAGCAAUGUAGUUCUGAGGCAUCCAUGUGGAUUCAUCCUACUGAUUCUCCAAAAUCCUUUUUGUGGCAGUCAUCUGCCAAAGUGGAAUUGUUGAAGCUGUGCAUGGAAGGAUACCAAUGGAGUGCACCAUUUAGUGUGGACAAUGAAGGUGAGAUGCGCAUUAACUUGAAAAAAAAAGUUGGAGAUGGCCAAAUGCAAUUAAGAGUACUAGUAAGAAGUGGUGCCAAGCGGUCACGUUCUGAAGUUAUAUUUCGUCCAAAUUCAUUAUCAAGUCCCUACAGGAUUGAGAAUCAUUCGAUGUUCUUGCCCAUUUGCUUUCGUCAAGUUGAUGGUACCAGUGAUUCUUGGCAGCUGCUUCUUCCAAAUGCUGCUGCUUCGUUUCUGUGGGAAGAUGUUGGGAGAAGACGUUUGUUGGAGCUCUUAGUAGAUGGAACUGACACAUUGAAAUCACUGAAGUAUGAUAUUGAUCAAAUUUCUGAUAAUCAGCCUAUCCAUGUAACUGAUGAAUUGAACAGAGCCUUGUGUGUUACCAUUGUAAAGGAAGAGAAAAUCAGUGUUGUCAAGAUCAGUGAUUGGAUGCCAGAAACUGAACCUACAGGGGUUCUGAGUGGAAAAUCUUUGUCAUCAAUGUCUCAGAUCUAUAAAAGUGAUUCUCAGAAGCAACAAUCCCUGUCUGUUGCAGAUUGUGAAUUCCACAUAUUUUUUGAGCUUGCUGAGCUUGGAAUAUCUGUUAUUGAUCAUACACCCGAGGAAAUAUUAUACCUAUCUAUUCAGAAUCUCGUUCUAGCAUAUUCAACUGGUCUGGGCUCUGGAAUCAAUAGGUUUAAACUCAGAAUGCGUGGCUUACAGGUGGACAACCAGCUGCCAUUAACUCCAAUGCCAGUUCUCUUCCGUCCACAAAGACUAGUGGCAGAAUCUGACUAUAUCCUAAAAUUCUCCAUGACAAUGCAGUCAAAUGGAUCGCUGGAUCUCUGUGUCUAUCCAUAUAUUGGUCUUCAUGGCCUGGAGAAUUCGGCUUCCUUUUUGAUAAACAUUCAUGAACCUAUUAUUUGGCGCCUUCAUGAAAUGAUCCAGCAGGUGAAGCUCAGUAGGCUGUAUGAUUCUCAAACCACGGCUGCUUCAGUUGAUCCGAUAAUUCAAAUUGGUGUGCUCAAUAUCUCAGAAGUUCGGUUAAAGGUGUCUAUGGCUAUGUCACCCAGUCAAAGGCCAAGGGGUGUGCUUGGGUUCUGGGCAUCUUUAAUGACUGCUCUGGGGAACACAGAAAAUAUGUCUGUCAGGAUUAAUCCAAAGUUUCAUGAGAACGUGUGCAUGAGGCAGAGUUCUAUGAUUAGCAUGGCUAUCUCAAAUAUCCGGAAGGAUCUUCUGGGGCAACCACUUCAGCUUCUGUCAGGUGUUGAUAUCUUGGGUAAUGCAAGCAGUGCACUUGGACAUAUGAGUAAAGGUGUGGCUGCACUAUCAAUGGACAAGAAGUUUAUCCAAAGUCGUCAGAGACAGGAAACCAAAGGUGUGGGGGAUUUCGGUGAUGUCAUCAGAGACGGAGGUGGGGCAUUAGCUAAAGGUUUAUUCAGAGGAGUAACUGGCAUAUUAACAAAGCCUCUUGAAGGCGCUAAAACUUCUGGUGUUGAAGGUUUUGUUCAAGGCGUUGGGAAGGGAAUUAUUGGUGCAGCUGCACAGCCAGUGAGUGGAGUUUUGGAUCUUCUGUCAAAAACAACCGAAGGUGCCAAUGCUAUGAGAAUGAAAAUUGCAGCUGCUAUCACAUCUGAUGAACAGCUUCUCCGGAGGAGACUGCCUCGGGUAAUAAGUGGUGAUAAUUUGCUUCAACUAUAUGAUGAGUACAAAGCUCAAGGACAGGUUAUAUUGCAGCUUGCAGAAUCAGGUUCAUUUUUUGGUCAGGUUGAUCUUUUCAGAGUUCGUGGAAAGUUUGCGCUAUCGGAUGCCUAUGAAGACCACUUUCUGCUUCCAAAAGGGAAAAUCCUUAUGGUCACUCAUCGGAGAGUCAUACUAUUGCAACAACCUUCCAAUAUUAUUGGUCAGAGGAAGUUCAGCCCUGCAAAGGAUCCUUGCUCGAUAUUGUGGGAUGUACUCUGGGAUGACCUCGGGACAAUGGAAUUGACAAAUGGAAAGAAAGACAGCCCAAAAGCUCCCCCUUCACGGCUCAUUUUAUAUUUGAAUUCAUCAUUGGAUUCGAAAGAAAAUAUUCGCACUAUAAAAUGUCAUAGUGAAUCCAAGCAAGCUCUUGAAGUUUAUCUUGCAAUCGAACAUGCAAUGAACACUUAUGGCCCAAAUUCGUCAAAGGGAGUAGUUAAAAAAAUAGUGGCAAAGCCAUAUUCCCCAUGUACUGACAGCCCCAGUGGUGAUUUCGUACCUAAAGACGGGGUUUGCUCCAUGUCCCCUCAAAUGAUGCCUGGGUCAGUUCUCCUUGCUUCAACUUUCGGAAGCUGUACUAAGCAGUUGGAGUGAGUGUUCAUUGGACAUCAAUCGCCAUAUCAACAACUGCUCCGUUUGAUCCUCAAUCCAGGCCCACUUGCCUCCAGUCCGAAAGGUCGGGCUGAGCAAACUAGUUCGAACUUGCUAAUGGGCAUAUUUGAUAUCCUGAGACGGGGAAAUCCAUUAAAAGGCCGUUUCCUUUACGACCUUACAUUAAUUUGGUAUCCCCCAAUUUUUUCCCGCCACCUAUCUUCUGCGAUUAAUAGAUUUUACUGUCUAAGCAUUCUUUUUAUGUACACCAAUUGUUCUGGUGUGCGUGUGUGUGUGUGUGUGUGUAUAUAUAUAUGGUUAUCAAAAUCAUUUCACUUUGUACAUAUACAAUAUCACAGCGAGAUGGACGCUAUUUAUAUAAUUGUCCUUCUCUAUUGAUUUUUAUUAUUGAUACUGUAGAGAGAGGCGAUGUUAUUAUGCUCGAGUUCUGUUAUUGUGUAGUGCGAAUUAAAUGAUCACCACUAAGUUUUCU